UGUGUGUGAAUGUGUUUCAGUGUGCACGAUCUAGGUCUAAACCCUAAGACGUAAGGGCUUGAUUGUUCUUUGUUUUCUUUGUCUUUAGGCGCGCUGGUUUUGUUCUAGUUUGUGCUUUUUUUUUAAAGAAGUACACAAUAAGACCAGGUAAAGAUAAUAGCCCGUGAUGACAAUCAGGCUAAUUCAAGAGUAAACAUGGGGUCACUGUACUGACCUAAGCGAUAUCACGCAGUUGUAGGCCUGAUUUGUUCUGCGCAGAUUUGUAACAGAUGGAUAAGCGUUAUCACCGGAUAGAGAUGUAGAUUUAGCUGCUUUGUGCUUCCCAAAUACCUUUUUCAUUAUUUCGAACCAAAUAACUGAUACAGCUGGGACUAUUGCUAUGGAUCUGUUCAGUGCUGACUCAUUAUACCACAGGUGAAAGAAGGGGGAUGUAACCCGAUCUUAAAUUAUAAAUGGGAACGUAAGAGGAAGUCCGAUGAUUCAGUGUGAACCAUGCCGUGUAGGAGCGUCGUUAACCCUGUGUUGUUGGAAGUAUGAUUAUGUCCCUUUCCUUUUUUUUUUUUUGACUGAUGACCUCCCUUAGAUUGGGCUAAAAAGCAAAGAAUGAAAAGAGUCCAGGCGCUUGUCACAGGAAAGAAAAAACAGUGCACCAAACUCCCCACGCCGGCGCCCAAGGGCCAAAAAUCGCCGACGACGUCCACUUCAGGGCCGGCGAUAACUAGCGAACCAGCAGGUAGCAGUGGUUCUCAUCCAGGGACGCUGUCGGCCAAGGACGAUAAGCCGACCUCGCCGACAGGAUCAGUGUCGUCUGCUGGGAGUACUCUGACAGCCGGUAGCAACAGCAGCUUGAGCACCGCGAGCACAGCUUCCAGCGUCAGGGGCGUCUCCAAAAUACCAGCUUCUUCUCCCAGAAAAGGGGGCAAAGAUGUUGUCAGCAGCACUAGCACCAAGUCCAGAGCACGACAGGAUGUUGAGGAGAAAGCUAAGCCCAAGAAGGAGGAACUGACCAAAAAGGGUUCCAAGAAAGAGGUCAAGGUGGACACUAAAGUGCCCAGUAGGGAGCAUGUCUUUAUCACUGCCAGAAAGUCAACCGUCUUAGCGGAGCCCCCAUUGGCUAAAGCUUCAGAAAAUGAGCCUCAACCUGAGGUCAAAGUUGAUCAGAAGCAGGAGAGUGGAGCUGAAAGAGACAAUGAGCUCAAGGUAAAUGAGAAGGCCAAUGACAACGUCGAUACCAAUAGUGGGGCAUUGCCUUCUUUGGAGAAAGACCAAAGCAGCGCCCAGUCAGCUGAACCUUCAGUUGCCAAGCCUCAAACUCAAAACGGCAAGGUGCCACAGGCUCAAAUGAGUCAAAGCCAGCCAGACGCAAGCGUUCCUCCACAGAAGCCUCAGCAUAUCCAGGGGAUUUUAAAAGACACUAGCGGAUCUCGAAAGGCGUACAAUGCACAGGCUUACAUCGAAGGCGGACAUGGUGGACCUGCUAACGGCACACCAUAUGACGGGCACGCUCCCUAUCAAAGUUCCAGAGGCGACUCUUCUCGCGGCAACAUGGACCCCGUGUACCAACAAGGUUAUGGCUCAAUGUCGCGUAGCUCCAGAUCAACCACCCCCACCCAGGAUAACAUAUACUCCUACGGCUCCCUCCACCGGCGCCCCAACGCAUCUACGCCCACACAGGCCAAUGGCUACUUCAAUGGCUGGGGGUCACUGACACGCAAAGCUGAAUCUGACUUUCACUGUGACAGUCUGGAUAGAAAUGCUAACUACCAGACCAUCAGCUAUGGACAUCACAAUGGACCACAGGGCGGCAGAAAUUACACAGUGGUGAACUAUCAAACUAGCCGACCCGGCAGUGUCCCCCCACACGUAACGGACGUGCACAACCCUCUUUACGGUGAGGUCGUCUCCAGACCUGGGAGCGUGCCUCCACACUACUACAGCGACAAUGACGCCCAGAACUAUUACCGGGGAACCAGAGGCGGUAGCGUGCCGGUUGGAUACGAAUCUGAAUCGUCCGCCUAUGGAUCCCUGGGGUCCACAAACUCUCGACCUCGCCACCACGACUCGGACACUGGUUUCGCUAACGGCGCACCCGGGAUGAAGGUCCACCCUGACGACGAGCAGUACCGUGCUGGACCGGGCAAGCGCCCAAUACCUCGACGACACACUGUUGGAGUAUCUGGCAGCGGAACAACCAAUAGCAAUAGAGAUCCGGAAACAGAAAGAAAGCGCGAGGCCUUCAUGCAGCUACUUGCCCAGAGGUACCCACAGUAUGCGGACAAGAUACAGGGGACAGGGGGCGCCCAAACACCCCCUCAACAGGUGGAACGGCCUGCUCGUUCAAGGGAGAUACAGAGAAGGAGGACAGCUGUUGUCACUUAUGAUCCUCAUCAAGCUGGACAUACCUUGGAGUAUGAUGAUCAGGGCACCAUGAGUGACUUAGAGCUGCCCUCAUUCCAGAGGGGAGGAUUCACCAGAACCAGCCUACCCAUAGUCAGGAGCGCCUCCACCUCACUGGAAAGACCUCUAGGGCUGGUGUUUCUUGUCUAUGGUGAUCAGACCAAGAAGUCUCUGCUGCCCAAUGAGAUUACUACACUGGACACAGUGAGGGCAUUGUUUGUGAGGGCAUUCCCAGAUCUGAACCUUGAGAUGUUAGAGAAUCCAAGGAAAAAAAUCUACCUUCUAGACCCAGCUACUAAUAUUUACUUUCAACUGGAAGAUCUCGCUGAGAUCAAGGACAGGUCAGUGCUAAAGAUUCAUGAGACUGACAAUGAUGAACCCCAAAGGGUCAGAGAGAAGCAGGAGGUCAGAGGUCGUACAGUGCAGAUGCCAGUGUCUCGCUCACACUCAAGGGGUCCCUUUGGUGAUGUCCCUGCCACAGCACUUGAUGUGGUCAAGUCCCACUCACUUCCACCUCAGGUGUCUCACAACUACCAGGAGCUAAUGCAAGAACAGCAAAACCAGUGGGAGAGGCGGUCACGGUCUAGAACCCCAGAACCAGCUGACCGUCCUCGCUCGCUAUCAGCUGGGUCAUCAUCACGACAGAGAUUUUCACACUCUCCUGAUAGGCUGCCCACACCAGAACGUGCACCACUGAACCCGAUUCCUGAGAACAGACAACUCCUUCCUGGCUAUCAGGAUCCAGGGAAUUAUUAUGAACCAGUAGGUCCUGCUGCCCACAGAGGUCCUUAUCCAGCCCCUGUAUAUGAUGUCCCUGCCUCCUACCAAGGAUACCCCCCAGCUUCUCCUGGUAUUUCCCAACAGACCUACCUAACACGCAGCACGAGAGCCCCUCCAUUAGCCCUUCCUCAGCGAGCUAUUGGCCCAGCGCCAGAUCCAAGAGAAGCAGCAAGGCUUGGUAACAGACAGGGUCUGCCCUAUGCACCAAAUACACCAAAUGGAACCUACCAGCAGCGGUCACAGAGUUUUCGCAUUCCAGCCUCAGAGCGAGAUGGCACAGAUUUGGUUAGAUCGCAUUCUGUGGCGCCAUCUGAUGACACAACAAGUAGGAAUCGUAUUGAAAAGAUGGAGCAGCAAUUGGCAAGCCUAACGGCUUGGGUUCACUACCAGAAGGCAGAUGGAGUGAAGGCCCCAGUGCAGCGUCCAUCAAGUGCUAGCAGCUUGUCUGACAGCUCCGAAACUUUCCCAAUAUCUUCUGCAAGUAAGCACAAAGGAGUCCGAGCUCCCAUUUCGACUGUAGCUACUACAACUAACCAUGUAGUCAGAUCGCAAGGUCUAUCUGAUAUUCCUGAUGGCUAUCAAGGCUCCUCAGGAAUCAGCUCAAGGGAGUCUACUCCACUCAGUGCCCAAGCAGAAGUGACAGUCAAACUGGCACAACUUAAAUCUGACCUCCAUGUGCUUCGAAGACAGCAGCAGCUGAACAUGGAGGCCAUGAAAGAGGAGUUUCUGGCAGUUGGGAAUCAAAUAAAGAAAGUUCUUUCGUCUGUUCCUGAAUCUGAAAAUCAACUCAACUUCCACAACAGAAAUGAAGUCACAUUGGCCAAGCACUCUUAUAACCAGGAGAAAGAAAAGGUCCACAAGGAACUCAGUGACUUGGAAGCCAGUGUAGAAGAAUUGCGCACUGAUGUCCUGUCCAGGCAGUGUCGUGUCAAUAGUGUGGAUGUGGAAGGGAUGGCCUUAUUGUUGAGUAAUGUCACCAAAUCAUUGGCGGAAUUAAAAGCACGUUUUCCAGAACUCCAGAGUCAGUUAAAAAGUGUCAUGGAUGCUGAGAUGAGACUAGUGGUGUCAGAAGAGAAAUUUCUAAAAGAAGAGCCAACAGAAAUUGAAGGUUGUUUGAAGCGCUGCAAGAAACUGACCAAUACACUUUACACCUUAAAAAGACUGGCUUCAGUUCAAGACCAUCGUCCUUCCCAAGUGCCUCAAAUGCCGACUGCUACAAACGCUGUGGACGAUGAUCAGAAAAAUGCCUUACUGGAAAAUAUUCGUUCUCUAGUUCCUGACCAUGAUCAGAGAGUGCACCAAAUUGAGGCAGCAGAGGCAGCAAGAGAAAGAAAGAAAAAAAUUAGCACUCAGCAAGAGGCAUUAAAGUUUGGCAAAACAUUGGAACUUGCCUCUAAGAACUUGCGCCCUCCAUCUGCCACUGGGGACAGAAUCCAAGACAGUGGUCAGCCUGUAGCAGAGGAUCAGGGGUCCAGUAAGCCAGCUAUAGCUGCCAAGCCAGUCUUGGCUCAGGUAACAACAUCCAUGGCAGUCAGUUUGCCCUACACAACUAUCGCCUCUGUGGCCAAUGUGGCCUCUGUCAAGCCUUCUUUCUCCACUGCACCAUCUUCAUCAAAACCCAUAGAAAAACCCACAGCCACAGUGUCAGCUAUGACAUCCAGUGUUUCAGACUCUGUGACCACUACGGCUGCAAAGCCCACAACAGAGACAACAUCUGUUCCAUAUAUGACAAAGAGUGCUGCUCUGACGGAAACAACCGGGCGCCUGUCAAGUAUUUCUGGUGGCUCUGAUGGCAUUAAAGUGGGCUCAGACACUCUGAAGAAAACUGAGCCCAGUAUUUACACCUACCAAGUUUGUGGCCCAGUCAAUCCAGUGAUACCUUUCCCACCCAUGUUCAAACCCACAUCUUUUGAGUCCACAGACAAAAAUGGCACUAGCAGUAGUGAAAAAGUUCAAACGCUGGCCAAGUCCUCAGAACCAGUUGUUGAAAAAUCUGAGACCAAAAAAUUAUCAGUCUCCUUUUCUGAGUCAUCUCCAACAUUUAUUCCAGAUGAACAUUCAGAUCCCUACAAAAAUACAAAUUGUACUGAUUCUGAGAAAACUGAUCCGACUUCAGAGAAACAGAGUUCCAUACAAAGUAGUCAGUCUGUUCAGAAACCUGUUGACUUAGCCACACAGAAACAGGCAGCACGCAGUGCAUUCUUCAGUUCACUGAACAGCCCGCCAACUUCACCCACUAUGAACUCCCCCAGCAGGAACUCGGCAAGUCUGGAUCCUGGCCCAGUCAUUACUCCAACUGGAGUGGUAGGCAAAAUCGGCACAGGGCCUACCAUUAAUCUGGUUUUAACUGGUUGUGCCAGCCCCAAAUCCCCAACCAGCCCUGGAACUUUCACAAUCUCUCCACCCAAAGAAAUUUUCUAUCCUCCAGUGGAAAUGAGAAGACCCUCUCCAAAAGCAUCGCCCUCCAGGGAUUUACUGAAAUUGAAUUCAGAGAGCAGAUCUUCUGGGAGUGACACGUCCGACUCUUCACAAACAGACGGAAAAAAGAAAGUGCCACCUCCUCCCCCACCACGUAAAGGAAGUCGUCCAACUUCAGCUAGUGUUGUGAGUCCGACCUUCAAAUCUCAAGACAUGCCUCGGUUUGUUGGUGGAGUUUUGGGACAACAUAGAUUAUCUGGUGGACCUUUAUCAUCAACUCCUAAACCAAUUUUCGCUCAAAGACCUUUGUCCAAAUUUGAAAAAGACAUUUCCUCAGGCUUGUAUGCUAAUAUCAACAAGGUUGAGCCACCAAGUCAGGCUGGCUCAGUCCAGCAGCGUCUCAGUGAAGCUAAUGUUCAAAAGCCUGAAAGUGAUAAUAACAAUAUUUAUGAUGCCUCGAUACCGCCCCCUCCUUCUGUGACCAUACCUUUUGACCGGGAGGAGCGAGGCAGCAGCAGUGACAGUACGAGCAGCAGCUCUGGCACUUCAAUGGGAUCCCAGCAGAGUGUAGUUUCUGUGGUCCAGUCUGCUUCGGUCAACUACAGGCCUGUGACAAAACCAAAACCUGAUCCUCCGAGACGUCAGUCAAGCUUGUUGUCUAAAUUCACAGGAGACAAAGAUGAUAAGCUUAACAAUGGCAAUGCCAACUUGAAUGGUGUAGACUUGUAGCAAUAUCCUGCUUGCUAAUUGUUGCAUUCUGGACAUUUUCAAGUGCUGUGGCUAGAUUCUAUAGAAUUUGUUCAUGUGAAAACAAUUGUCUCAGCGUGUACUAGUAUUUUAAAAAAUCUUAUUUUGGUAUUCCAAUUCAGUUUUGUAUUCUAAGAUGUGAACAAAAUGCUUUGUUUACUUACAACUGGCCUUUAGAACAAGCAAUGAGGGGUUGAUGCUUGCUACAUUUUUUGUAUCAUAGAAUGGGGGGGAAGUCUUGUAUUGGGCAGCAAUAGGUCUAAGUAAACUGUAUAACAAUGCCAAGAGCUAAUUAUCAAGUGGAACAGUACUAGCUACUAGAUUGGCUACUUAGUUGAACAGUACUAGCUACUAGAUUGGCUACUUGAACAGUACUGGCAGCUAAAAUAUCAAGUACUGUUCAUUCUACGAAUGUUGGAAAGUUUGUUUCUAAUUUUGUUUCAUUGAUUCUGACAAUGUAACUUUUGUGUUGUUUAAUCAAGAAGCAGCAUGGCUGUGUGUGUGUGUGUUAAAGUCAUUACCCUUAUGGAAAGUGCUAGAAGUUCUAACUUUGACAGAAAUGAUUUGUUUCAUUAUUAAAAAAUUUAGCAUUCAUUUAUAAAUAUUGUGUCUUGUUCCUAUGAAUUGAUUGUUGUAAAUAUUUCUCUGUGGUGUAUGGCAUGUCUUGAGAAACUAAUUAGCAAGAGGGAAAGAUGUUAACAUAUUCAAGGCAGUUCUAUUCCUGAGUUCCAGUCAUUUAUUCAAGUUGUGUUUGCUCAUUUCUUAUAUUAUGAAUAUAUAAAAUUCUUGUGUGAAAUCAAUAAAAUACAUUUCUUCUAACGAA